CAAAGUCUCCGCUGUGGACCUUUUCCCCCCAUGUCUCUCACCGCUCGGGAACGCCGCAACCCUCCUCCGCGACGGAAGUCGUGCGCCGCCUGCACAAAGGCCAAGCGGCGCUGCGACUUUGCAGUACCGGCCUGUCUGCGAUGCUCGCAGAGAUGCAUCCCCUGUCAAUAUCCUUCGCGAACUCCGCGGGGGCAGACCACGACGACGAAUUCGUCAAGUUCGCCAGAGACCAUCAUGCCCGGCCUGCUGACGAAUGAGUCGGCAUCCUCUACGCCCCCGGCUGUCGGUCAACUCGAUGAACCCAUCGUGGAUGACUUCAAUGCUGUCAUUGCGGAUAUUGAUACCAACUUUAAUGAACUUGCGUCUUUUGAUGUUCCUCUUGACGACGCCACUUUGGACCUCAUCCAGCCGUCUUUAGAUCUUUCUCCCCCGUCCACCAAGGAGUUUGGUGCAAUCCCAGAAGCCAUUACAAGUCGCCUCAAAUGGUCAAUAGCAGAGAUCCAAAAGGCUCCUUCGACUAUGGUCCUCGAAAACCAGACCCCUUGGUGCCACGCUCUCCUGUACAAGAACGAAAUGCCACGAUCAAUGCAGGGUAAGGUUCACCUCUCCUCAGCCGGGUACUCACUAAAGCUUUCUGCAGACGCGCAUGCAGCCUGUGCACUGUAUCUCGCAAAGAACCGAGUAAACUCCCCCUUCAUCUUCCGUAGCAUCGAGACCCGCGUCAAUGAUCUCCUAUCAGCACCUCCACCCGUGACGCCGUUCGAGUGCCUUGCGCACACCCACGCUCUUCUCCUGUACCAAAUCAUCCGACUCUUUGACGGUGACAUUGGCGCUAGAGCAUCUGCAGAACGCAUGAUCCCCGCUAUAGAGUCCUCGGCGAUGGCUCUGUUUUCUCAUGUGCAAUUUGACUUGGACCGGACGUCCACCUGCUCCCUCCCCCUCUUCCCGAUAGCCCCAACCAAGGCAUUCUGGAUGGACUGGAUCCUCCAAGAGUCUCUCCGACGCACACUUCUCUUCACAUUCUAUUUUAUGCAGAUCUACCGCAUCAUGGCCGGCCAUAAAGGACUGCAGUGCGAUGGGAGGAUGGGGCUAUGUCACUCCUGGACCCUGUCGGCGCAUCUAUGGCAUGCGCGUUCUCCGUUAGCUUUUGCAGAGGCCUGGAUGAACAAGAAGCAUCUAGUGGUGACAGAUGCGCUGUUUGGCAAAGUUCUCCAGGAGGCGAUGGCCCAUGAUAUAGACGUUCUUGGGCGUAUUUUCAUCUCGUCCCUUCUGGGGGUGGAUGAAGCAGAGGGAUGGUUUGCGAGUAGAGGUGGGAAACUCUAG